AUGGCGCGUUCCUCCAUCGUCCAAGAGUAUGACGCGCCGUCUACAACGCUGAGCCUCGACCAGAAAGUCUCCAACGAGCGCCAGAGCUACCGAGUGCCUCGCCCGCAGGGCUACCGCGUCUCAUGGCACGCCAAUCCGGCCGUGGAGGCGCACCAUUUUGGACAGUCCCAUCCCAUGAAGCCAUGGCGCCUCACCUUGACCAAGCAGCUCGUCAUGGCGUACGGGAUGCACCACGCCAUGGACCUGUACCUCGCGCGGGCGGCGACCUACGAAGAAAUGGCCGACUUCCACGAAUCUGAUUACCUCGAUUUCCUGCGGCAGGUGAUGCCGGGCGACAUGGACCAUGCCGAGCAGAGCGAUAACGUGGUGCGGUUCAACUUCGGCGACGACUGUCCGAUCUUCGACGGGCUGUACAACUACUGCUCGCUGUACGCGGGCGGGACGGUCGACGCCGCGCGCAAGCUGUGCAAUAAUCAGUCCGAGAUCGCCAUCAACUGGUCGGGUGGUCUGCAUCACGCGAAGAAGGCCGAGGCGAGCGGGUUCUGCUACGUCAACGAUAUCGUCCUGGGCACUCUGCAGCUGUUGCGCCACCACCCACGGGUCAUGUACAUCGAUAUCGACGUGCACCAUGGCGACGGUGUCGAGCAGGCCUUCUGGUCCACAGACCGCGUGCUCACCGUUUCCUUCCACAAGUACGACAAAGACAAUUUUUUCCCUGGCACCGGUGCCCUCGAGGAUACAGGUCCCUCACAUCCCCUGAACCCGGGCGCGCACCACUCCAUUAACGUCCCGCUCCACGACGGCAUCGACGACGAAUCCUACAUCCAGCUUUAUCAUGAAGUGAUCGGCGCCUGCGUCGAAAACUAUCGCCCCGGCGCAAUCGUACUCCAAUGUGGCGCUGACAGUCUCGGCUGCGACCGCCUCGGCUGCUUCAACCUCAACGUGCGUGCGCACGGCGCCUGCGUCGCCUUCACCAAGACCUUCGGCUUACCCCUUCUCGUCGUCGGCGGUGGUGGCUACACCCCGCGCAACGUAUCCCGCGCCUGGGCGCACGAGACCUCCAUCCUCCUCGACGCAGACCAAACAAUCGACUCCACGAUCCCCGACUCCGUCGCUUUCCGCACACACUUUGGCCCCGAUUACUCGCUCUUCCCGCCGCUGUCGGAAAUCCGCAAGCUGGAGAACAAGAAUACCCGUUCAUACCUCGAGGGGCUCGUCGAGGCGGUGCAUGAGCAGCUCCGGUAUAUCAAGGGUGCUCCGAGUGUGCAGAUGAGCUUUAUCCCACCGGAUAUCCUGGGCCUGCGCGAAGAGACCGAGAAGGAAAUUGAGGAAGAGACCGCCAUGAUGGAGGAAGAUCGCGAGGAGAGUUACGGCGGUGGCUCUGCUGCGGCUGCGGCUGCCGCCACCGCUGCGUCGACCGGCGUCCCCGGCUCGGCGGGUGCCAUCGCUCGCGGCAGUCGCCGGCGCGAGCUGGAGCGCGGAGCCGGGUAUAAGGGCGAGCUAUACUCCUGA